AUGAGUCAUAUUAUGCUUCCAACUGGUGGUGGUGUAUACGCCCAAUCUUCACAAUCUUCGCAACAUCAACAACCGGUUCCGGUUCCUAGCACACCUGGUAGCCUUUCAUCGCUUACGUAUAAUACUAGCGGUGUCGUAUUGGAAGAAGGAAUGAAUGGUUUGGAAGAAGAUAACUUGCAAUCACCACCGCCACAAAAUGUGGCUGGUAUUGUUCCGACUCUCCAAAACAUUGUCGCCACGGUUAAUCUUGAAUGUAAACUAGACCUGAAAACCAUAGCGCUUCAUGCAAGAAAUGCCGAAUAUAAUCCUAAGCGAUUCGCUGCUGUUAUCAUGCGUAUCCGCGAACCAAAGACUACGGCAUUGAUCUUUGCUUCUGGAAAAAUGGUCGUCACAGGUGCAAAGUCCGAAGAUGAUUCGAAACUUGCCAGCCGAAAGUAUGCGCGUAUCAUUCAGAAACUUGGGUUCAACGCAAAGUUUGCCGAUUUUAAGAUUCAGAAUAUUGUCGGUUCUUGCGAUGUGAGGUUCCCGAUUCGGUUGGAAGGCUUAGCCUACUCGCAUGGUCACUUCAGUAGUUAUGAACCUGAAUUGUUCCCUGGCUUGAUUUACCGUAUGGUGAAACCUAAGAUUGUGUUAUUGAUUUUCGUGUCUGGCAAGAUUGUGCUAACUGGUGCGAAGGUCCGCGAGGAAAUCUAUCAAGCUUUUGAAGCGAUUUACCCAGUAUUGACUGAAUUCCGCAAACCUUAA